AUGAAGACAAGAAGAAACGCAAGCAGAAGAGUUGAAGAAGCAGCUGCUGGAGGAAACCAAGCUCCUCAAGCCCCAGCUGCUGGAGAGCAAGUGCCUGUCAACCCAGCUGCAUUGACGGAUGGAGAAGUGAGAGCAGCACUGGUUCAGAUGGCCCAAGCCAUCACUGCUCAGGCACAUGCUAUCACAACCCAGGCCGCUAGAGAGGGUACUCCCAGUGAGAACCCACAUGCUAGCACCAUGGCUAGAAGACUGAGAGAUUUUACCAGAAUGAUUCCUCCAAUCUACUUCGGGUCCAGAACCAAAGAGGAUCUCCAGGAUUUUGUGGAUGAGGUUCACAAGAUUCUCUAUGUUAUAGGUGUUAAUGAAGAGGAGAAGGCUGAGUUGGAUGCAUACCAGCUCAAGGAUGUGGCUCAGGUGUGGUACAACAUGUGGGGAGAUGGUAGAGCACCAGGAGAAGUCCCCAUCACUUGGGACGUUCUCAAGAGUACAUUGCUGGAGAGGUUCUUUCCCAGGGAACAGAGAGAGGCUAAAGUUGAGGAGUUUAUCAACCUACGUCAGGGAGGUAUGUUAGUCAAAGAAUACUCCUUGAAGUUUGUUAAGAUUUCCAAAUAUGAUUCUUCGCUAGUGUCCAGUAGUAGGGAUAAAAUGAGCAGGUUUGUGACUGGUGUAUCAGAGGAUCUGGAGGAGAAUUGUCGGGAAUCCAUGUUGCAUGAUAAAAUGGACCUUGCUAGGUUGAUGGUACACGCACAACAGGUGGAGGAGAGUCGUCGGAGGAAGAGAGGCCGAGAAGGCAAGAAGCCUAGGCCCUGGGAUCAGGCUGGUUCUAGCACUGGUAGGAGUGCGUUUGGAGUCCAAAAAAGGCCCAAGUUCAAGAAGGGCAAUGAUUGA